AACUUUUGACAUCUUUGUCUAUCUCGUCAUCUCCAGUUCUCAGUUUUAAGUUGAUUCGGAAUUACCUCCUCGCGGCAUUGGGCGAAUAUACACUGUACACUUGGUACAUCCUUGAGCGUGAGUUUCGUCAAGUUUCAAGUCGUACGACUCGGAUACUUAGCAGGAUUGAGUACAUUCGUGUUACCCAGGUCCCACGAUGAGCACUAGUAGCCUUCUAAGGCUUCCCUUUCUAUUAUCAGCGACUUAUGGUGUCCACAAAUCAAUGACACCGCCUCACCUGGCGCCUGCAGAAGAGCAAAUCCCCUUCAAAGGCCUCGACAUCGAACGCGCAGCACCUGCCCUUGCGACCUUCACCAAGGCAACAUUUUACUUUCUCUGCACAGCCGAAACGCUCGCUGUUCUCUCCACCAACGGCCUUUUACCUACUGGAUACAUCCCCCUCCCACCCCCAGACCACAUCCAGCUUACGAAGCCCUACCUCUUCUUCUGGUCAUGUGCGAUCCUCGGGUCAUCUCUGCGCGUGUACUGCUACCGCAUAAUGUCCUCGUUCUUCACGUUCGAACUGAGCAUCCGGAAGGACCACAAACUCAUCACCCACGGGCCGUACUCCGUCGUGCGUCACCCGAGCUACGUUGGCGCGGUGCUAUGCGGGGUAGGCGCCGUGGGCUCCCAUUUGAGUAAAGGGUCGUGGUUAUCCAGCUGGAUCGGCACCACUGCCGUCGGAUGGCUGUCUGCUUGGGCUUUCACGAUGGUGUUAGUCCGCAUAGCCUUGAUUCCGAGAAUGAACAAGGAGGAUAAGAUGCUCAAGGAGGCUUUUGGAAAGGAGUGGGAGGAUUGGGCACGGAGGGUUCCAUACAGACUUAUUCCGUGGAUGUAUUAGUGCCGACUGCCGUCGGCAGAAAUGCAAAGUCUAUAUGUUCACAAGA